CAGCCUUUUGGACUCCUGCAACCGCAUCCCUUACCUUAACCCCCCGCCAUCCCUCACAUCCCUUCCAUACCUUUACGGUAAACCCUGUACAGUCUUUUACAGACACAUUUACAUUGAUCACCACACAUAUAUCAUACCUUACUCCUCCAUCCUUUUCUACCUCAUAAACAAAUAUGAAGAUCACCGCCAUCCUCUCCGCCUUGGCCGCAGUCACUUUGGUCUCGGCCGGCAAGUUCCACGAUAUCGGUAACACCGAGAAGACCGUCGCCAACGGAUACAUCCUUGAGUACCAGGAGGGUUUCAGCCACAAGGAUGCUCAGAAUGCGCUCAACUCGCGCAAGGUUGACUUCAAGGUCCGUAACCAGUACAACGUCUUCAACGGAGCUGCCAUCACUGUUCGUUCGAAGCACACUGGCAAAGACCUUGCUUCCCUUCCUGGUGUCAAGAACGUCUGGCCCAUCACUCUUUAUUCCAUCCCAAAGCUCCAGAAGAGCAACAACUCCGAUACCGCUUCUCUUCACACUAUGACUGGUGUUGACAUUGUCCACAAGAAGUACAAGUUGACCGGAAAGGGUGUCAAGGUCGGUGUCAUCGAUACUGGUAUUGAUUACAAGCAUCCUUCCUUUGCUGCCUCUGGUGCUAAGGAGGGAUGCUUUGCUCGCUAUGGCAAGAACUGCCGCGUCAAGUACGGUUGGGACUUUGUUGGUGAUGAUUACGUUGGUGAUAACUCCCCUAAGCCAGAUUCCGACCCUCUUGAUUGCCAGGGACAUGGUACUCACGUUGCUGGUAUUGUCGGUGGUACUGCUGUGGACUCCAAGUCUUCUCCUAAGCCUCCUCAAUCAUUCGUUGGUGUCGCUCCUGAGGUCACUUUCGGUGCCUACCGUGUCUUCGGAUGCACUGGCUCUGCUGGAGAUGAUGUUAUCCUUGCUGCCAUGGAGCUGGCCUUCAACGAUGGCAUGGACAUCAUCAACAUGUCUCUUGGAGGUGGCUCCGCUUACAAGUACAACCCCACCGCUAUCCUCGGUGAGAAGUUGAUUACCCACGGAAUGGCUCUGAUUGGUGCCGCUGGUAACGACGGCUCCCAGGGUGCCUGGAUGGUUACUGACACUGGUUUGGGUGAGAAGGCUUACUCAGUUGCCUCGUUCGACAACGCCUACGGCUUCUACGAUUCAGUCUCAUAUGCUGGAGUUGCUCACCCAUACACCCCUUCGCAGGCCUAUAACAAGCGCAUCACCCUUCCUUCCACCGCCACUCUCGUCCCCAUCUUUGAGAAGAACGGCGCCUUGUCCGAUGGAUGCGAUCCCGCUAUCUUCAACACUGCUGAUGUCAAGGGUAAGGUCGUCCUUGCCUUUGGUGAUGUCACCCGCUGCAAGUCUGGCGCUCGUGGCACCAAUGCCAAGAACGCUGGUGCCGCUGGUAUCCUGAUCCAAACCACUCCUCUUGGCUUGGCCACUUUGGGCGGUAUCCCCGACUUCCCCAUGGGCUCAAUUGAGAACAAGGCUGGUAAUGACAUGCUUGCUGUCUGGAAGAAGGACGCCAAGACCCCCUUGGUUUGGAGCAAGAGCCCCGCUAACUUCCGUGUUGAGGGCGGUGGAGCUCCUUCUGGCUUCUCCUCCUUCGGUUUGGAUGGAGAGCUCCGCUCCAAGCCUGAUAUUGCUGGACCCGGUGGCAACAUCUUGUCAGCUUACCCCCUUGCUAAGGGUGGCUAUGCCGUCCUCUCCGGUACCUCCAUGGCUACUCCCUACGUCGCUGGCAGUCACGCCUUGUACAUGCAGGCCAAGAAGUCCAAGCCCAAUGGUGAUGUUAUCCGUCAGGUCUUCAAGAACACUGCUACCAUCUCGUCCAACUCUGGUUCCAAGACUAAGGCCUCUGCCACCAAGCAGGGUGCUGGUCUCAUUAACGUCUUGAACGCCAUCAAGACCACCUCUGCGAUCUUCCCUGACCGUAUUGAUCUCUUGGACUCCGUUAACUUCAAAAAGUCCGUCAAGAUCACCCUCAAGAACAAUGGCAAGAAGACCGAGACCUACACCUUCUCGCAUGUCCCCGCUGAUACCUUGAACUGGUACGCCAAGGGUAACAAGUAUCCUUCUCCUGAACCUGUGAUUGAGGCCAACUAUGCCACUGUCAAGUUCUCUCAGGACAAGGUUAAGAUCCCCGCCGGCAAGUCUGCAAAGAUCACCUUGUACUUCUCGGAGCCCAAGAAGGCUGAUGCUGCUCAGUUCCCCAUUUACUCUGGAUACGUCGUUGCCACUCCCGAGAAGAGCAAUGUCGCUGUUAACAUCCCUUACACUGGUUUGAAGGGUGAUGUCUCCAAGGUCCCCAUCAUCGACACUGAUUCCGGCUUCCCUGCCUUGGCCCUCAAGGAUGCCAGCGGUGAACUCAAGGAGAUUCCCCCCAACUUUACUUUCGACCUUGUCAACAACAAGCCUGUUGUCCAGACUCGCUUGGGUUCGCACACUCCUUCGUUCGGCGUCCGUGUGUUUGAUAACAAGAAGGCUUUCAAGGGUUUCUUGAGCAGCGAGACUGGUGCUCAUGCUUUUGGCACUUGGGUUGGUCGUCAGAAGAACUUGGAUGACCAGGGUCACUUGGUUUUCUCUUCCUUCACCUGGACUGGCAAGGUUCUCCCCACCGAAAACGCUACUGAGGCUGUCACUCUCCCCUCCGGCACCUAUGAGAUCGUUGUUGCCUCUCAGAAGAAGCUCACCAAGGGAGCUUACCCUGCUGACUUUGAGACCUUUGAGUUGGGCAGCAUCAAGUUCUAAAAAGGCCUAUUCCUUCAUAUCCUUCAUGAAUUCAUUAUUUAAUCCCCCAAUCACUUUUUUCUUUUAAUGAACAAUGGCGACUUUUUUUUUUGUAAUUUAGACCCGUAGAAAAGAAAAAAGAAAGAAAAAAUAUAAAUAAUAAUGUUGCAUUUUUUUAAAGGCAUCUAUAAUCAAGAAAGAUUAAAU